CCCCCCCGGGGGAUUUGACUUUCUACUGACCUCUCCAAGGAUAGAAAUAUUUUAGUGGGAUGGAGGUGCGAAGUACGAUCUUCACCAGUUCUUGAUGGUAGGGGGUGGGGGAGGAGGACGGGUGGAUAAUUAUUUCGUCGCCGUUCCCGACGGAGCAGCUAACCAGCUAAAUGGCUUAUUUGUACUUCUGGCAAGCGACUGAAAGUGAAAUACGGCUUACAAAUUAUGUUUUUUCUGCAAAGUAGCUUUUAGGUAGCGUAAUUUCGGUAUUUUUAUGUCUUCUGCUUCAGUCCUUUGGCGUGUCGAGAAUUUACUGAGCAUCACCUGAGUCGGGAUUAUGUUGUAUUGACUUUGCCCUCUCUGCUGACUCCGUUAUCCCAGAAUUCAUCAUUCAAACUGUUGUCGUCGCGGGUGGCCUGAAAUGAUUAAACCCAGGCUACGUGUCGAGAACGCGAAUACUACUGUGCACGUGCUGAGCCCCUGAAGUGAUAUUGAACUUUUGAACUUUCGACGGAAUCCCAGGAAAAGGAACUCUAUUUUACAUACAUCACACAUCCUGCUCGGAAAAAUCAACUUCAAGACGUCAGAAAGUACCAAAAAUGCGCAAAAAGGUCACGAAUAAAUAUCCUGAUACAAAUUUUUAAUUCAUUCGAUAAAACCUUUCUUCAAACAGGGCAAUAAAAUGUUCGCAGUUGUGCAAGAACAGCUCAUAUGAGAAACGUCACCGUGACUAAAAUUUCUUCAGAUAUCCGAAACUCGUGGUUCCUUCAUGUCUGAAGCUAACGAUGAGCACAAGGUUUUCUCCGUGUAAUGCAACGCGUAGGGUAAGAAGUUUUGAGAAAGUUUUGAAGGUCAGACGAGGUUAUUUCAUUUUUUCAUCAUUUUUAUUUUCUUUUGAGCGCGUGAUUUCGUGACAACACCGUGGAAAGUUUUAGAAAGACAGGAAAUAUCAUUAGAAUCUUAUGAUACUUGUAAAAUCUUUAAACCAAAAUAUAGAACAUACCGCGCGGUCCGAAUCACUGAAACGCAAUGAAAAGCGCUACUUCGUAGAGUAACGUACAUCUGCGCGUGACUUCGUGACAACGUCAGGAACAGGAAAAAUCAUUCGAAUUUCAUUUUGAUGAUACUUGUAUGAUCUUCUAACCACAAAAAUAGGAAAUACUUUGCGCGUUGAAAAGCGUAGGUUUGUUAAAAGACAAAAAUAGGGUAAAUUCCUGAAAGCGUCUAAAGCCUUGUUGAAAGCGUGUCUAAUUUUCACUCUAGUGAAUCGUAGCACGCGGAGAGAUUUCCACAUACAAUGCAGUCGUCCGUUGAUUUCACGUGAUCCUGUCGAUCGGAAGGGCGCGCUGAUUGGUUAGUUUCUUUGUUAUUUGACAAGCUUCACGUGAAGAGAUUACAAGUCUACUUAUAUAACAAUAACGAAAAGAUUUCUGUGCAAAUUUGUAGUGGACACGAAGCGAGAAGGGGUAAAGGAGUUGGUUAGAAAGCAUUCCAAAAUUCUGCUGGUUUUCGCUGGAGGAAGCCUGAAAGGUGUAGGAACUGUCUUUUAAAUUUCUCACAAGAAAUCGCAUUUCCACGCACAGCUGAGAAGUCACACAAGGAAUUAUGCCUCCAACACCGUCUUUAAAGUCUUGUGUGGUCAAAUUCAAUUCCUGCAGGAAGAGUGACUCGGACCUCCACAAGAAAGACAAAAAGGUUCAUUUUGCAGAUUCGAUGGGACUUUCUCUCGUUUCUGUAGUUUAUUUACCGCAACCUGCGCCAACGGCGAGAUUUUUGUCGAAGCGAAAGUGGUCUUUUUGCGAGGAGAGAGCGAGGCUUUUAAAUUUUACACCGCCGGUUGAAAGAAGAGACUUCCAUGAAAGACUAAACGGGCUAAAUGUGUCUUUAGAAAACAUUAUUUUGCGGGACUUUGGUAUGUUCGGAACGGUAAAAGUUCGAAAUUUAGCUUUCGAGAAGAGAAUAACCAUACGGUACACAACGGACGGCUGGUCAACUUAUCGCGAUGUCGUUGGUCAAUACGUUAAUGGUUCUCACGCCGGAUUCACGGACACCUUCUCAUUCGAGAUCGCGUUGCCGUCAACUCUCAUUAAAGACUGCAAACUGGAGUUUGCUGUGUGCUACAAGGUUCAUGGAAUCGAAUUUUGGGACAAUAACAGUGGAGAUAAUUAUCGGGUUAUGUGCUACUCGUCAAACCAAUGGAAAUCGCGAGAAUGGGUUUACAAUAAUAGGAACAGUUUGAACGGUUACGCAUAUUUGCAAAACAGAUAUGUUGGUCUUAGAUUCUAGUGCUGUAACAUAAACGGCAGGUAUUAAAUAUAGAACUCCUCUUUUGUACGAGGGCUUCGAAAUUAAAAUCGAACAUUCAGUUUUAAUUUAUUGGAAUUAUGAAGGAUGGUUUACCUGUUGUCAACUUCUGUAGCCAUAGACUAAAGGCAAAUUUCAUAGAGAACUAAAUUAUUUCAGUGCUGAUGUAUUUGUGUGAUAACUGACCGACUUUAUAUGUUGGGUGUUUAAGAACAUAAGCGGUGUAAGUCGUCUUAUCGUUAUUUCUCAUUUGGGUUGACUUUUAUACAGACAUAACUCGUACUUGUAACUACGUGUUUCGUUUCUAACGAAAGAAGAAUUUCUCUAGAGUGAAAAAGCGUUAUCGAGUUGGCAAGUUUGUUGGAAUUUUUUCAUUUUGUGGUGAAACGAAGACAAUAAAAUUAUUUUUUUGUAUA